AGCCAUUUUGGCUCAAGCCAUUUGGGCUCAAGCAUCUUUUGCUCAGACCACGGGGUUUCAGGGUCGACCCGCGAUCCGCUCGACUUCGUUGCGUCAUGGCUCGCAGAGGAUCCGCCGCGAUCGCCCUUGCAGGCUGCCUGCUGCUCGCCUCGCUUUGGCACUUCCGCGACAUCACGGGCUUUGUGGGCAGCACAGCCGCAAGGGCAGGUCGCAAGCCGAUUGUGCAGACCAAUGCCGUCGACAAGGCGAUGAAGGAGCGCAUCGCGUCCGUUGCGAAGACGGGCAAGCUCACAGAGGCCAUGCGCCUCGUCGCCGCCGCCAAGGUGCGCCGCGCGCAGGCUGGCGUUGAGAAGGCAAGGCCAUUCAGCGACGAGCUGUCCUCCAUGAUCAAGGGCUUGGUCAAGAGGCUGAAGGGCAGCGGCCUGGAGUCGGAGCUGCCGAUGCUGCGCGUGCCCGAGAAGGUCAGCAACGUCGGCAUCGUUCUCAUCACAUCCGAUCGCGGCCUCUGCGGCGGCUACAACGCAAGGAUCAUGAAAAAGGCGGCUGCUCGCAUUGAGGACCUGAACAAGGAGGGUAUCGUGCCGAAGAUGAUCAUCGUCGGCAAAAAGGCUUUGUCUGGUCUGAACACCAAGCUGAAGGAGGUGAAGCUGAACUACACCGGGACUUUCAUCAGAAUGCCUGACUCCAUUACGUCCGCCGCGAUCGCUGAAAUUGGCGACGAGCUCAGGAACCUCUUCCUGUCGGGAGAGGUGGACAAGGUGGAGGUUAUCUACGCCAAGUUCAUUAACCUGCUGUUGAACGAACCGCAGGUCCGCACCGUGCUGCCGCUGAGCCCCACUGGUAUCGAGGAUCCUGACGACGAGACCUUCGCCCUUACCUCCGAGGACGGCAAAUUGUCCGUGAAGAAGGAGAAGGUGAAGAAGGUGGAUGCCAAGGAGAUCGAGUCUGACGUGAUCUUCGACCAGCCCCCGGAGGUUAUCCUGAAUUCCAUGCUGCCGCUGUACCUGAAUUCGCAGCUGCUCUCCAUGUUGUUUGACGCCCAGGCCUCCGAGCUCGGGUCCCGCAUGACCGCGAUGAAGGCGGCCACGGACAACGCAAAAGACCUCGGGGAGAGGCUCACCAUCCUCUACAACAAGAAGCGCCAGGCCGCCAUCACCCAGGAGCUCUGCGAGAUCACCGCCGGAUGCCUCUGCGUCGAGCAGAAGGGCACGCGCAGCGGAACCAUGCUGGGCGAGUUCGACAACGAGGACACCGUGGGCGCGGACUUCAUGACGGAGCUGGAGGACGGCUCCAUCCCGGAUGCUCCCGUGAGCCCGGACCUCGACAGCGACAUCAGGAUGUUCACGGGCGACACGCUCAAGUGAGCGCGCGGGCGCUAGAGCGUCCAGGAGUUCGGCAUUCCGGACCCCCCCAAUCCUUGACGCCGACAGCACAAUUUGGAGGUUCACCGGGGAGACGCUCAAGUGAGCGUCCGCGCUCCGGGUGCAGGAUUCACAAGAGGGUGUAUUCUGCUGUCUUUGUUUGAUCUAAUCGCUCCUCCACCUCGGCAGGGGGGAGGCCCUGGGAGGCACUGGGAUGGCCUACGCAGUUCUGCAGUGACUGCAGGAAGCUCGUCUCGGCGUGACCGUGCAAGGGGAUUUUUAUGCUAGCGUGCAGUGGACGAGCGGUGGUCACCAGAAGUCGGAGGGGCUCUGUCUCCUCGGGCCGUGUGUAAGGGGCCCUGUGCUGCGCUCCUCCUCCCUUCCUCCUCCUCGCGCUCUCUCUUCCCGUCCUCCUCCUCUCUCGCUCUCUCGUUCCCCUCCCCCUCGCCGGCCUGCGUAGGCACCCGAUGGCACUGCGGUCACCACGCACGGGAGUAAAACGAAAACAAAA